AAGACCUUCGAAUUCAGUUCGAGUUUCAGACAACUCUUUUGCUCCAUCAACUUUCUGUUGGAUCUUCAAUCUCCUUCUGUCUUCUUUGAAAGGUGUCGUGUCUCGAUGUCGAGAAUUCAUCCGGCUGAGAAUAAAUGCGAGGGUGCAGCGAGAAACGGCAGCUGCCGACGCCCUGAUCAAUGUCCGGCCAAGUUCACGGUGUGGAAGAGAUCGAGCAUGAGUUUCCAAGGGACCGACGGGUUCACUGUCUUCGACGAGCAUGGGAGACUUGUUUUUCGCAUGGAGAACUACUCGAGGAAAGGGUGUUGCUCCGCCAGGGGCGGGCUCGUCCUCAUGGAUGGAGCCGGAAAUGCUUUGAUGAGCUUGAGACCCCAGAUUCUGAGCAUGCAAUGCCAGUGGAAUGCAUACACAGGAGAAGAUAAGUGUAAAGAGGGUCAAAACUUCAAGCUCUUUUCCAUGAGACGAGUGUCAUCCUUCCUCCAACGAAAAAAGGAUACAGCGGAAGUCUUCAUAGGGGGCUCCAAGAAACCGGCAUUCACGGUUGAAGGGUCAUUCAGGAGUCGAAACUGUAUAAUCAGGCGCUCCGGAGGUGAAGAAUUCGUGGCCAAGAUCACUAGGAAGAGAGCGAGCCCUACGGUUUUGCUUGGAACCGACGUGUUCAACUUGGUGGUGCAACAUGGCAGCGAUAGUGACCUGGUCAUGGCCUUUGUAGUCAUAAUGGAUCGCAUCUGCUCUAAGUCCAUCCUUUCGGUUUUGUGUUCUUAACUAGAAUUGAAACCCAAGUUAGAAUUCGAUGAGAUAUAUAUACAUGUAGAACCACAUAGCUGAUGAAAAUAUUUUACAGUAAAAAUCUGCGGAAAAGUCUCAGCAUUCCUCUUUCCUUUGGAGAAAGGCCAAGAGGAACUGCUGAGUGUACUUUGCGGGGUUAGAUACAGAAUUGGGUUCUUGAGUCUUGAUAUGAAAAUAGAUAGACAUGGAUAUAAACUCUGUACAGAUGCGUUUUAUGAUUAUAUGCUCAUCUACGAACGCACUAUGAUUGCGAUUCAA